AGUGGCGCGACCAAGUCUUCCGUUGCUUAGUCUUGUGGUCUCACCGGCUGCUGCCAACUAACCGAUGACUGCUCCGCCGGCGACGCCGUCGUAAUGACCAUUUGUCAAUUCUUCCUUCAGGGCAGGUGUCGCUUUGGAGACCGGUGCUGGAAUGAACACCCCGGAGCCCGGAGUGCGGGUGGGGCGCGGCAGCAACCGCAGCCACAGGCCUCAGGUAAUAACAGGCGUGGAUGGAAUGGCACCAGCCAGAGAUACUCCAGUGUCAUCCAGCCAUCUAGUUUUUCCAAAUCCACACCAUGGGGAGGCAGCAGAGAUCAAGAAAAGCCAUCGUUCAAUUCUUUUGAUUCUGGAACUUCAACUAGCAGGAACAGAGGUUUUGGAUUAUCUCAGAACCCAUUUGCUUCAACUGCCUCUGAGGAGCAGAAAGAAGAAAAGAAACUUCUGGAAGGAAUUGUAAAAGAUAUGGAAGUUUGGGAAUCAUCAGGGCAGUGGAUGUUUUCUGCCUAUUCACCAAUGAAAAAGAAACCUAAUAUUUCAGGUUUUACAGACAUUUCGCCAGAGGAAUUGAGAUUUGAGUACCUUAACUUCUUAACCAGCAAUAACUUACAGAGUUAUCUCACCUCUGUCCAACAGUUAAUAAAUCAGUGGAGGAAUAGGAUAAAUGAAUUGAAGAGUCUAAAUACUUCGACUAAAGUAGCUCUGCUCUCUGAUACAAAGGAUGGAGCAAAUCCAGUGAGCCCACCCUUUGGCUUUGGAAGUGGGCAAGUAGGAACAUUUGGGGCAUCAGGUUUUCCCGUGAAUAGCAGCAGCAGUGGCAGUGCUCAGAACUUUAGUUUUAAAACAAACCCUGGAUUUGGCACAAACCCUGGAAGCCCAUCUGUGUUUGGUAGUCCUCCAGCAUUUGGAGCUGUCCCCUCUGGCAGUUCUGCCAUCUCAGCUUCCACUCCAGCUUUUGGAUUCAGGAAACCUGAUGUCACAUCUGCAGCUGCAUUUUCAUUUAAGAGCCCUGCGGCUUCUGGUUUUGAGUCACCUGGAUUUUCAGGAUUUCCAGCAGGCCCCAUAGGGGCUCCAGCCUUUGGAAGCAGCAGUGCCGCGGCUGGCUUUGGUAGUCCUAGUUCUCAGUCUCACACUGUGUUAUCUAAGCAACCUAAUGACAUCUUCGGAGGUAGCAGUGGUUCCACCUCUCUCCCAGUCUCAAAUGUCAUCAUCACUACACAGAAUGAAUUAUUUACACCCAGGGAUCAACUGACAGCGGAAGAACUGGAGCAAUAUCAAUCCAAGAAAUUUACGCUGGGAAGAAUUCCUUUAAAACCUCCACCUAUGGAACUCCUAAGCAUCUAAAGGGUAAUUUUAAAUACAGAAUAGAAUAGCUUUUCUAUUUUUUUAGUUUUUUUUGUGGUUUAGGGGAUCAAACUUGAGCUUUAUGUGUGCUGGGUAAGCACUUUUACCUCCGAGCUAUACCCUCAAUCCUAAGAAUAGAUUUUGAAGUUAUUCUGUGUGAUUCAUAUGAAAGAGCAAAAGUACACACACACACACACACACAUUGUGCGUGAGGAAUAUAACUUUGGAUAAUUUUAGUAAUUUUAAAGUUUUUUUCCUUAAGCCUAACUAAACAAAACAUACCUCCCAGGUUUAAAAAAACAACAAAACAAAAACAUCAUGCAAGGGAUGAUUUUUUU